UUAUAUGAUGGUCAGUUGCAAGCUUCUUCUUUAUUAUGGAACAUUUUCUAGUAUAAUCUCUAUUGUACUUUCCUGUGUUGCCACUAGUCCAACAGGUACAGUAACCACAACUGUAGCUCCAACAACAACGACGGCGGCAACCGGAUGCACGAGUUGUACAGCCAGUCAGGUAACAUUUGCCCAGUCAGGUGGAGGUGUUCAGAUUGAUACUGCGGGAAUUCCGGGAACAGCCGCAGGAUGCUUAACUUUAACUUUAACAUGUACAGCUGGCACAGGAAAUUAUGCAUUUAUGCAAUUUAAUAAUAAUCAAGGAGGUCCUGCUGAAAAUCAAGAUAUGGGAAUGACAAUCAAUGCUCUUGCGAAUUGUGUUGAUGGAAAUUGGGUGUACACAAGUGGAGGAGUAUCAAGAAUUGUAACACAAGUAUCUUGUAAUCAAGCCCCUAAUGCUGGAUAAUUAUUCUGAAUUCUUAUUCACUAUUCUGAAAGUUUCCUUCCAUGUUAAAGAUCUAACAUGAAAAUGUAUAAGAAAAGUGUGGUAACUUAUAACUUUGAUAUUUUUAAUCAUCGACAAUUGCUCACAAUAAUCAUGUUUCUAAUAAUUGUUGUUUAAUAAACCGAUUCGAUUCUUUC